UAUGUGAUCCUGUUAACCCGGUUGUCAAUGUUAACUGCAGGCAUGGGAAAAAGCGGUGCAUAAACUGUACAGAUUUGUUUUUGAUUUUUGACAUUGUCUCGAAAGUAUUCGCUAUACACCUCAGAAUCAAAUAAGCUGUGAUGUAUUAUAGCCUUACAAACAUUUCGAGCGAUUAGCGAUGAUUUUAAGACUGUCAAACAGGGCAUGUGCCCUCUCUGGGUCAGCUCGCCUCAAAAGCACUUUGUCCUCCUACUUCGAUGAGAUGGGAAAAGCUGGUUUCAUCCUAAAAUCUGCGUCAGCUGGCAUAUUUGAGAACCUAGCCUUAGAAGACUGGAUUCACGAUCACGUUGAUCUGCAAAACAGAAGCAUAUUGUUAUUAUGGAGAAAUUCCCCAGUGGUGGUCAUAGGCAGACAUCAAAACCCCUGGGUGGAGUGUAACCUUCCCCUGUUGAGGCGCCUGGGGAUCCCGCUAGCGAGACGUCGCAGUGGAGGUGGGACGGUUUUCCAUGAUUUUGGGAACAUCAACAUGACUUUCUUCACUUCCAAGAAGAAAUACGACCGUCCCAGAAAUCUUAAAGUCGUUACCAGUGCAUUGAAAGCCCUCAGACCCGAACUGGAUGUCACUGCAACAGACAGAUUUGACAUUUUGUUGAAUGGACAUUACAAGAUUUCAGGCACUGCUGCGAAAUUAGGCAGAACCUCUGCUUAUCAUCACUGUACAUUGCUGUGCUCUGUUGAUCGUUCAAUAUUGUCCUCGGUUCUGAAGAGUAACGCUUCUGAAGUCAUCAGGAGCAAUGCCACCCCAAGCGUUCCUUCCCUUGUCAAGAACCUUUCGGAUGUGGAUCCCACUCUUGACUCCGAUACAAUCAUGGAGGCUAUUGCUUCCCAGUACAAUAAUGAAUUUGGCUUUGACAGCCCAGUCAUCACAGUUGACCCCACUCAUGAAGCUCUUAUGCCUGGCAUUUAUAAGAUGACAAAGGAUAUUCAAACGUGGGAGUGGAUUUAUGGCAAAACUCCAAAAUUCAGUGUGUGCGCAUCUUUAGUGGUAGAUGAUGUGAAUAUUAAGCUUGACAUGGACAUCAAAAGUGGUACAGUAGAACAAUGUGCUGUGGAAAUCCCUGAAGGCUGGCUUCCUCCAGAGACGGUGAACGAGUUUACAUCAACUCUCAGUGGCAGCAAAUACUGUCCAAAUGAAGCUGCAGUGCUGGUGGCGGCGUUCACGAGAACUCGUUCAAUGAGCGCUGAUGUUGCUGGGAAGAUUCAUAGAUUGUGUGAAGGUGUGCUUUCAGUAAUGUGAAUAAAAAUGAAG